UUUGCCAAAAAAAUACACCAAUAACCCGAAGAGCCGAAGGAAUAUUCCAGGAACCCGAAUCUGAAAGAGAAACAUCCAGAAAAGAUGUUAAUAGAGAACGCCAAAGAGAUGCUUCUGAACCCGGAGAGCCAAAGAAAUACUCCAAGAACCCUGAACCUAAAAGAGAAUCAUCCAGAAAUAGUAUUACCAAAGAAAUAUUCCAAGAACCCGAACCUAAAAGAAAAUCAUCCAGAGAAGAUGUUAGAAUACUCCAAGAAACUGAACUUGGAAGAGAAUACCAAGAAAGAAAAAAAGCAUCACCUAAUGAAGACUUACUAGAAACGCUGAAAAAAUAUUUUAAAACUGAAAUUGCCGUAGAGAUACUCCAAAAAGCCUGA